AUGGCUGCUCGUCACUCUCUUGUCCGCGGCAUCCCUGCUCUCCGCACCGUCGCUCCCUCUACUGGCUUUAGCGCCAGAUCACUAGCUGCAGCUGCGAGGACUGCUACCAAGUCAACAGCAACUCCAUCGCCAGUGCACGCUUCUGUGCCACUCUCGAUUAGGAGGCAUCUCCAUGUAACCGCUCGUCGUGCUGCCCAGUACGGCACCACAUCUGCCGCCUCCACGACGACUGAACAUCCCACCUCCCACGAGCCCAUCGCCAGCCCAAUAGACACGACCAACUUCAUCGACAAUGAGUUUGUCACCUCCAAGGCCACAGACUGGAUCGACCUCCAUGAUCCAGCAACGAACAAUCUAGUCACUCGUGUGCCUCAAAGCACCGAUGAGGAGCUUAAAGCUGCCGUUCUUUCGGCCGAAAAGGCCUUCCCUGCGUGGCGCGCCACCAGCAUCAUAGCAAAGCAAGAGAUCAUGUUCAAAUUUGUUAGUCUCAUUCGCCGAGAUUGGGACCGUCUUGCUGCGUCUAUCACCCUUGAGCAAGGCAAGACCUUUGCAGAUGCUAAGGGCGAUGUUCUUCGUGGUCUCCAGGUUGCCGAGACAGCCUGUGGCAUCACGUCGCAGCUCACCGGGGACAUCCUUGAAGUCGCCAAGGAUAUGGAGACCCGUAGCUAUAGGGAGCCUCUUGGUGUUGUUGCCGCUAUUUGCCCAUUCAACUUUCCCGCCAUGAUUCCUCUUUGGUGUAUUCCAGUUGCCACCAUUACUGGUAACUGCAUUGUCAUCAAACCCUCCGAGCGUGACCCCGGCGCUGCUAUGAUCCUGGCCGAACUGGCUCGUGAAGCCGGCUUCCCUCCUGGUGUCAUCAACAUUAUACACGGAGCCCACAAGACCGUCGACUUCAUCCUUGACGAGCCUGCGAUCAAGGCCAUCUCCUUUGUCGGCGGCAACCGUGCUGGUGAAUACAUCUACUCUCGCGGCAGUGCCAAUGGCAAGCGCGUGCAAGCCAACCUGGGCGCCAAGAACCAUGCCACCGUCCUGCCUGACAGUAACAAGAACCAUGCUCUGAACGCCAUUGCCGGCGCCGCAUUUGGUGCCGCCGGCCAACGAUGCAUGGCUCUAAGCACAUUGGUCAUGGUUGGGGAGACUAAGGAGUGGCUGCCCGAGCUCGCAGAGCGAGCAAAGCAGCUUCAAGUCAACGGUGGAUUCGAGUCAGGUGCUGAUCUUGGCCCUGUUAUCAGCCCUCAAAGCAAGAAGCGCAUCGAAGAUUUGAUUGCCUCUGCUGAGAAAGAAGGUGCCACUAUUCUUCUGGACGGCCGUGGCUACAAGCCUGAGAAAUAUCCCAACGGAAACUGGAUUGCCCCUACAAUCAUCACCAACGUCACCCCAGACAUGACCUGCUACAAGGAGGAAAUCUUUGGACCAGUUCUGGUGUGCCUGAACGUCGACACGCUCGACGACGCCAUAGCCCUCACCAACAAAAACGAGUACGGCAACGGGGCAGCAAUCUUCACAACGUCCGGAUCGUCCGCUUCUCGUUUCCAGAAGAACAUUGAAGCCGGCCAGCUCGGCAUCAACGUGCCAAUCCCCGUCCCUCUGCCCAUGUUUUCCUUUACCGGAAACAAGAAGAGCAUCGCUGGAGGCGGUGCUAAUACCUUUUAUGGAAAGCCCGGUUUGCAAUUCUACACGCAGCAAAAGACCGUGACGAGUCUGUGGCGCAGUGAGGAUGCUUCGCAUACCCGGGCUAGUGUUGUCAUGCCUACGCAUAAAUAA